AAAAAAGACUAAAACACAGCAUAGUGUUUAAAAGAGGCCUGAAUCAACCAAAAAGAUCGAAAUACCUGUACCGGAAGUGGAUAAAAUCAAACUAGUUAUGGAUGGAACAACUGACAGUUUUGAUAUUGAAAGGAAUGGAGAGCCUUACAAACAUGACAAAUCCAAUAUUGACAAUGGUAAACCAUGCUAUAUCAAUAUUGUUAAAAAUGGCAAGCCUUUAAAAGACGAUUUGGAUGAAAAACCUAUUCAAACCAAUACAUGUAAUGAGCUAUUGUUAAAAAAUGAUUUUUUGAAGACAAUCAUUCAAAAAUACACUAAGGUGAGACCUUAUAAAUGUGAAACUUGCGGCAAAACAUUUUCUCAGACCGGUAACUUGAAGAAUCACAUUAAAAUGCAUACCGGUGAUAAGGCCCAUCAAUGCAAUGUUUGUGGUAAAGGGUUUACUUACAAAAGCGUUUUGUUGGGUCACAUGAUAAUCCAUUCUGAAAAAAGGUCCUUUAAUUGCAAUGUUUGUUGUAAAAUGUUUCGUCGUCUUGGUGAUUUACAGAAACACGAAAGAAUACACACAGGCGAAAAACCUUAUAAAUGUGAGAUUUGUAGUCAAGGUUUUUGUUGGCAAUACAAUUUCUUAAAACAUAUGUCAAAGCAUACAGAUUUUCGUCACAAAUGUGAUGUAUGUGAGAAAGGAUUUGUAUGGAGUGGUGACUUGUUGAAUCACAGAAAAAUACAUACAGGCGACACGUCAUAUCAAUGUGAAACUUGUGGGAAAGGUUUUAAUAGAAUUGGUGUAUUAAAUAGACACAUGAAAACACAUACUGGUGAAAAAAACUUUGAAUGUGAGAUUUGUUGGAAAAAGUGUUCAACAGCUGGAAACCUAAAGUUACAUAGGGAAAUUCAUUCUGACAAAAGAUCGUACAAAUGUGAUCUAUGUGAAAAAUCAUUCAGGCGUAAAGAUCACCUCAAUUCACACUUGGCUAUACAUACCGGGGAUAAACCUCAUGAAUGUGAUUUAUGUGGAAAACCAUUCAGACACUAUGGAAACUUAAAAGUACAUUUGAGAACCCAUUCCGAUGAAAAGCCUCACACAUGCAGCAUGUGUGGAAUUAAAAUUAGGGAUAAGAAUGACUUAAAGAAGCACAUGAGAAUACAUACUGGUGAAAAACCAUAUAUCAAAUGCAACAUAUGUGGUAGAGAAUUCUCUAAGAGUGGGGACUUAAAAAGACACACAAAAACGCAUACGGAUGAAAAAUUGUUCGAGUGUAAUGUAUGCAAAAAACGUUUUGCCACUAAACAAUACCUUCAGAAGCACAUGCAAAUACACAAAGGUGCACGUGAGAAAUCAAACAUUUGUAACGUAUGUGGCAAAUGUUUUACCAGUAAUGCAAAACUAUAUGGGCACAUGAAAAUACAUACUGGUGAUCAACUCCAUGAUUGUAACGUAUGUGGUAAAUUAUUUGGUAGCAGUGAUAAUUUAGAUACACACAUGAGAACACACACUGGUGAAACACGUUUAUAUAAAUGUGUUGUGUGUAACACGGGUUUUAAUACAAACACCAACAUGCGAGCACAUAUGAAGAGUCAACAUGUUGGCAUAAAACCGUAUAAUUGCGGUGUUUGCAAAAAUCAUUCUUUCGACAUGACGCAUUACAAAAACAUUUGAAAACGCAUACUGGUGAAAACAAAGUAUCAUGUGAUAUAUGUGACAAAAUCUUUCGCUCUAAUAGAUCGUUACAGAAUCACAGGAGAAUACAUACAGGUGAGAAUCCAUUUACAUGUAGCAAAUGUGAAGAGACGUUUCGUUCAGCUGUUUCACUGAAUAAUCACAUGAGAAGCCAUAGUCAAAAAACCUAAAGACUAGAGUGAUGUAUAUUAUACGUGAUGUCAUCAAAGAAAACAAAAGGUUGAAUACACACGGGUAUGUCCGUUUUCGAAAUGCAGACAACAUCUGAAACGUGAUUUAUGUGAUAGUUUGGACGACUUAAUUAACUGAGUCAAUCACACUUCAAACUUAUCGAAGGUUAACUUAAUAUACAAGUACUUGGUGUACUAUACGCUCUGUUAUUCCAAAUUUCUAAAACUCAUAAGAAUUAUAUUUUGUUUUUGUUAUGUUGUGACAGAGAGGCACACAAAAGUUAUUAAAUACGUUGUGA